AUGAGGUUGGUUAUUACCGCAUUAUGUGGUCUUAUGACAGGACUGUUCAUGAUCCCGACCGCGCUUGCGGCUGCAACGACCAAGAAUGACUGGGCGCCGGCCGACACUGUUGUUCCAAAAAAAUACAUCAUCAAGUACAAGCCCGAUAUAAACGCCUUGGAAAGAGAAUUACACGAAGCGAACGUCAAUGUCAAGGCAAGGAAUGGCGGCCAAAGGGGAAUUGUCGCCGGCUUCGGCAUGCCUGGCCUGCAGGGCUACAUCGUGGAGAUCCCGUCCUCAGAACUAGCCGACCUGGUACAGCAGAGUGACUUGAUCGAAUACAUCGAAAAAGACACCAUCGCCAAGGUGGCGGUGGCAGAUAUCACUCCGCCCACCCCCAAGCGCGCCAUGACCUCCCAGUACAACGCGCCAUGGGGCCUCGCUCGCGUCUCACACCGUACCCGCGACCACUGGGACCACUACUACUACGACUCCAGCGCGGGCAAAGACGUACGCGUGUACGUGCUGGACACGGGCAUCCGUACGACGCACGCCGAGUUCGCCGACGGCGGCGGCGGCGGCCGGGCCGAGUGGGGCGCCAACUUCGUCGCGGGCUCGCCGGACGCGGACGAAGCCGGGCACGGCACGCACGUGACUGGCGUCGUGGCCGGGGUGACGUACGGCGUGGCCAAGAGGGCGACCGUGGUGGCCGUCAAGGUACUCGGCCGCGGCGGCGGCAUGUCCGGCUUGCUGCAGGGGUUGGACUGGGCCGUGGCCGACGCGCGCCAGCGCGGGGCGGCCGGCCGCACCGUCAUCAACAUGUCGCUGAGCGGCGCCUACACGCAGUCGGUUAACGACGGCGUGAGCGCCGCCACCGACGCCGGCCUGAUCGUGGUGGCGGCCGCGGGCAACGAUAAUGGCUCCGCCGCGGAGUGGUCGCCCGCUUCGGCGCCGUCGGCAAUCACCGUUGGGGCGAUUGACAGGGAUGACCGGCGAGCCGGGUUCUCGAACUGGGGGGCGGCUGUGGAAAUCUUCGCUCCGGGUGGCGGGAUCGCGAGUGCCUACAACAGCAGUGAUUCCGCUACGGCAACCAUGACGGGGACCAGCAUGGCGGCCCCUCACGUCGCUGGUCUGGCGGCGUACUUCAUCGCCAUGGAUGGACUCUCAGGCAGCCUUGCGGUGACGGAGCGGAUACUGGAUGUUGCUACCAAGGGUGUCGGGGACCCAAGGGGCGCCGCUGAUCGGAUCGGCUAUAGUGCCGAUGGUGCUUGAGUGAGUGCUUGUGGCGCAGGUCCAAGGUACUUGGCAGGUCGUUGCUCCGUACGAGGGAGAGGUAGAGGUGGUUGUUGUUAGUAGUACAGAGUUAUAUAAAGCCUAAUCCUAUAACAUUGCACAAUGCGCAGGAUUGGCUGUAUGACAACUAUGUUUAUCUGGGUCAUAUUGGCAGCGAACCUUCACUCUGUGACCUGCUCGGUAGAGCAGAGCAGCCUGUUCUCCCAAGGACGCAAUGCGUGAUAGCCUGUAAGUCGAGAAAAGGGGAUCGUGCUUACCUGUUUUUAGGAACUCGAAGGACCGAAGCCCACCGCUCGAUCGAAAUCACUCUUUUAAGCAGCUCUACAGUCCGCAUUGCCUGAGGAAGUUAGGAGCAGAAGACGUGGUAGCUCGGUUGAGGAAUAGUUAGUUCCGUG